UAAAGCCGGUCACUGCCAACCGCCCGCACCCCCGACACUCGACUGGGUAGCGUGCGGGCGAGAGGUCGUGCAAGUUACUGUGACACUAGUGUUUUAUUUACGAUACUUCUCUGUCGAGGAAGACAGCACAAUUUUGGCGACGAGGAGAAAACAUCAAACAUGACGUCUCAAUUGUCAUCUAUAGAAAAUUUUGAUUGCGAAGGCGAUCCUAGUUCACUAGGCCUUAGAUGGGAACGGUGGAAACGGGCUCUAGAUAUUUAUUUGUUAGCUACGGGAACUGAAGACUCGUUGAAAAAGAGGGCAAUACUUCUACAUACGGGUGGAUUUGCUUUACAAGAUGUAUAUUAUAACUUACCGGGAGCACACGUAGAUAUUACCGAUUCAAGUGAUGUUUUUAAAAUAGCUAUAGAAAAAUUAGAUGAGUAUUUCUCACCUAAACAGAGUUAUGUUUAUGAAAGGCAUCUAUUCAGACUAAUGAAACAAGAAUCUGAAGAAAAAUUCGAUAAAUUCCUGAUUAGGCUACGGAAUCAAAGCUCGAAAUGCAAUUUUGCUCGUAAGGAAGAUGAUCUCAUCGAUCAAAUUGUAGAAAAAUGUAGUUCGUCAGAGCUCAGGAAAAAGAUUCUGCUGCAAGGCGAUUCGACUACAAUAGAAAAAAUCAUUGUGGAAGCAAACUCGAUAGAGACUGUCGAAAGGCAGUUAAAAGAAUACCAAGGAAAACCCAACCUUGUAAACAAAAUUAGAACAAAACCAACUGAUAAAAGUAUACGGUGUACUAGAUGCGGGAGUACAUAUCAUGAUAGUGACGAUAUACAAUGUGUUGCUAGAAAUAGCUCCUGCCAAAAAUGUGGAUUUAUAGGCCAUUUUAAGAACCAAUGUCGCACUAGGCGAAAUAAGCGCUUAGGUGUGCAAAUGCCAGUUAAACGGCAAAACAUAAAAAAAUAUAAAUCGAUUAAUCUAUCAAAUAAACAAAUAUUAAAUGGAGAAUCUAAGCAAUCAUCCAAAUCUCCUGAAACUACAGUAUCACCAAAUAUAAACUAUAUAUUCCAUAUAGAUGAUGAUGCAGAAAUAACUUGUCAAAUCGGUGGUGUUAGUGUAAACAUGCUUAUUGAUUCAGGUAGCAAAAGUAACAUAAUAGACGACAAAACCUGGGCAUACUUGAAAUUAAAUGCAGUUGAAAUAUUCAAUCAAGAAAAAGGUUCAGACCAAACUUUUAUGGCGUACGGCUCUAAAGAUCCACUUGAUGUAUUAGGAUCAUUUGAAGCGUCAGUUACAGUUGGACCUGAGAAGGGAACAGCAAAAUUUUAUGUUAUAAAUAAUGGUACUCGUAACUUGUUAGGCAAAGAGACGGCUAUGAGUCUUAAUAUAUUAAAAUUAGGGAUAAGUAUUAAUUUAUUAAAUUCAGAUACUUUUCCAAAAUUUAAAGACGUUCAAUUAGAUAUCGCUAUAGAUAAAUCAAUAACCCCUAUUUGUCAACCUUAUAGAAGGGUACCUAUUCCACUGGAAAAUAAAAUUAAUAAGAAAAUUGACGAAUUGGUAAAAAAAGAUAUAAUUGAACCUGUAUACAAAGCCGCAAAUUGGGUCUCUCCUCUCGUACCUAUUCUGAAGAGCGAUGGAGACGUACGGCUUUGUAUUGACAUGAGAUGUGCAAAUAAAGCCAUCAUGAGAGAGAACCAUCCUUUACCUACUAUGACACAGCUUUUGCCUAAAUUAGGAAAAGCUCGCAUCUUCUCUAAACUUGAUAUCAAGGACGCUUUUCAUCAAGUUGAGAUCAGUGGAAAAUGUCGGGACAUAACUACAUUUAUAACGAGUAAGGGGUUAUUUCGUUAUAAACGUUUAAUGUUUGGGAUUUCGUGCGCACCUGAACAUUUUCAGAAAAUCAUGGAAAGAAUGCUUCUUUCUUGUGCAGGCGUUAUAAAUUUUAUUGACGAUAUCAUCGUGUUUGGAAGCAACGAAAAAGAACACAAUGCCAGACUAAAACAUGUCUUACACAUUUUGGAACACAAUAAUGUGUUACUCAAUAAAGAGAAAUGUAUUUUUAAACAAUCAAAGAUAGAAUUUCUAGGGCAUGAGCUAACCCCAGGGGGUAUUAAGCCUCUAGAUAAAUACGUUAAAACUAUAGAAUCAUUUAGAGAGCCAAAAUCUGUUGAAGAAGUUCAAAGUUUUUUAGGACUUGUAAACUAUAUCGGAAAAUGGAUUCCAAAUUUAGCCACAAUCACUGAACCAAUACGCGAGAUUUUAAGGUAUAAGCUUUCUAAACAUGCUGAUAUUACUGAGUUCUGGAAAGAAAAGCAAAUUUAUGCAUUUGCAACUUUAAAACAAAUAUUAACUAAUUUACACACAUUAGGUUUUUAUGAUCCCCAUGAUAAAACACAAGUAAUUGCAGAUGCUAGUCCAGUAGGAUUGGGAGCAGUUUUGAUUCAGUAUGAUAUACGUGGGCCACGCAUAAUCGCUUACGGCCAUAAAAGUUUAACUAGUGUCGAGAAGCGAUAUUGCCAAACCGAAAAGGAGGCUUUAGCUUUGGUCUGGGCUAUUGAGCAUUUUUGCAUGUACCUAUAUGGAUUAAAAGAAUUCGAAUUAGUUACAGACCAUAAGCCUCUUGAAAUCAUAUUUGGACCACGAUCUAAACCCUGCGCACGAAUUGAGCGUUGGGUAUUACGAUUACAAGCGUACAAUUUCAAAGUGGUCUAUCGUUCUGGUAAGAAUAAUAUCGCAGAUUCCCUUUCUAGACUUUGUCGCACCCAGAAUUUAAAUCCUUUUGAUGACGAAUAUCAUGUCAACCAAAUCGUACAUCUAGCAAGACCACUAGCUAUAUCUAUGGAAGACAUAAUAAAGGCAUCGCAAAAAGACAAUUAUAUACAAUUAGUAAAGAUGGGUCUCGCUGGGAAAAACUGGGACCCGGAAGUUAAUCAUUAUAAACUGUUUGAGCAUGAACUUUGGGUACAUGACGACAUUCUACUGCGAGGCAACAAAAUUGUAAUUCCAUUUGAGUUACGUAAACCAGUGCUCGCAUCAGCUCAUGAGGGUCAUCCUGGUAUAGUCGCUAUGAAAAAUAGAUUACGUACUAAGGUAUGGUGGCCAAAGAUUGACAAAGAUGCUGAAAAUACGGUUAAAAGUUGCAAGAGCUGCAUCUUAGUCUCAGGACCUAGUUUUCCUGUGCCAAUGAAAAGACGAGAAUUACCAUCACAUCCUUGGACAGAUAUAGCUGUCGACUUUCUGGGUCCGCUACCAAGUGGGCAUUACUUGUUCGUAGUGGUAGAUUAUUACAGCCGUUAUAAGGAAAUCAAAAUCAUGAAAUCUGUGACGUCCCUAGAAACAAUCGGCAUCUUAAAAGAAAUAUUUUCAAGGCUUGGUAUUCCAGUUAGUAUAACAUCAGACAAUGGAAGACAGUUUACCAGCGAGGAGUUCAAGUCCUUUUGCUUAGAAUUUGGUAUUACUCUACAUAAUUCGAUACCAUAUUGGCCGCAGCAGAAUGGAGAAGUAGAAAGACAAAACCGUGACAUCCUAAAACGGUUAAAGAUAAGUCAGUCGCAGAAGUCUGAUUGGAGAGACGAACUCCUACGCUACCUCAUGAUGUACAAUAGUACACCACAUAGCACAACUGGUAAAACGCCGUCAGAAUUAUUUCUUUGCAGAUCGUUUAGAGACAAAAUUCCUUCAGUUAUAGAUGUGGAAAAUAGACAUAUCAAUCUAGACGUAUACGAUAAAGACAAAUCUAUGAAAGAAAUGGGGAAGAUUAUAGAAGAUAGGAAAAGGAAAGCGAAACAUAAUGAUAUUACUGUAGGUGAAAAGGUGUACAUGAAAAAUAUGAUUAAAGAAAAUAAAUUAACACCAAAUUUUAAUCCCACUCCACACACUGUCAUUGGCGUUAAAGCAGGAGAUAUCAGUAUAAAAAAUGAUGAGACUGGUCAAGAAUUAAGGCGUAAUAUAGUACAUUUAAAAAAGGUGGAAGGACAGUGGGAAAUUUACAAUGAGAAUGAAAAGGGAGGAAAAGAGGAUAACCAAAUAGAAAUAGCCAAAUAGUUAUUUUUAUUUUAAACUAUUAAUUGCAGUAGCAAGUCUCCUUUUAAGGUUAUAUAUUCUUAAGGACUAUAAUUAAGUUUAUUUUAAGGCUAUACCUAUAUUUUUAUAUCGACAUUUUGUAAGGCCAUACCUAAUAGUGAAACUUUACUUGCACUAAUUAAGAUUGUUGUGUUAAUUUUAAAACUUG